UUUCUAGAAAAAAAUAACAAAAGAAAUUUGAAUAUCAUUUGUUCUUGUACGUUAUUCGAGAAUGUGAUUGCAAACAUUUAAAGAAACGGGACUUUAAAUUUUGGAAAAAUCUCGAUCCAAAACUUUCCCCAUUUCUUCAUCCCGGAAUAAAUUACAAAACCUAUAAUAAUACAUCAACAAGUACACGUUUUAAUCCGGACGAUUUAACGCGCAUUCUAUCAUCCGGUCCACUCACCUUUCAAAUCCCUUCUCGAGAAAGAAAAUCUCAAGGUUUCCGUCUCGGUGUGCAAAUGGUUACCUACCUCUCCCCUCCCCCUUAACGUUUAACACCGCUGCCUCGUUUCAGCCCGAGAAUUCCCCGGAUUUGUGCGAGGCGAGCGCGGGGGGUAUCCCUGUCACGACGCCCUCAAAGAUCGUAUCGCGUCGGAGAGGGUUGCGUGGCAGCUGACCCGACGACAACGAGAGAGAAAGAGAAAGAGAGAGAUCAUUCCCGACCCGUACCAGCCGAGAGCCAGUCGGUUCUCGAGCGCGUCAAGUAGAAGUGGUCUGCGCGUAACCCGUCCGCGCCUCGUAACGCGUAGAGGUAGGGCGCAUGCGUGGACGAGGAGACGCCAGGCCGCACCAUCAUUUCGCGCCGCGACGCCGAGCGGCACCGCGUCCGUGGUGAAAACGCGGCUGGUCCAUGUGCGUUCGACGUCGUCGCGUGCACGCCGUCGAGCAGGUCGACGAACGAGCGUGUAUCCCCGCGCGUGUCCCCCCGCCAAGGAUCUACCACUACCAUCCGCCUCAUCGAGGAAGUGAUCGUCGUCUCCGUUACCGGUGAUCCCUCACUCCCCCCCCGGAAAAAGUGAUUUUUCUCCAAGCUCGGGUUGAGGAAGGGGGGAGAGGGGUAGGACGCGUCCCUCGACGAGACACAUCUGUCAGCGGACAUCGAGGAUACAUCGGGAGAAGGGGAGGGGGGGGACGUGAGGAAAAGAUGCGACAGACGAGUGGCGAUCGCGUGUCGAGGAUGCGUGUCGCGAUUAACAGUAGCAAGGAUCCACGUGUGGUCGGACGUGGGUUUGAGCGCGGCUGCGGCAGUGAACAGUCGCCCUGCAUCUGAGGAAGGAUCGUGCGUCGCGGUGGAGUUUGGCAGGCACGAGAGGGAUAGGCCGGUUUAUACGCAUCUUCCCCGCGGCUUGAUCCUCCCCUCCGCGGUUAGGCGAAUCAUCCCGAUUUGCAAAACACGCGAUACAAUCGAAGGAUAAUUUCGAGGCGAGUCGAAUGAGUGGAGUACGCGAGUCCGAUGGCGAAGCUUCGUUCGGUAUAUGUGUCCUUCGGGUAACAGUGACUGCGUAAGUAAAGAUGGUACAGUGAAGUUGUCGUGUACGAGUUGCAUAACACGGUCCGAUAGAGUGUGUGGAUAUAUAUAUGUACAUAUAUAUGGAUGUCGUGAAGGGAAAGUGGUCGAGAAAAGGGGGUGGAUAAGAGUUUGGAAGCUGUUUUAAGCUCCAAGCUCGUUCUUGGCUUCCUUCUACGUCUGCAUCGAGGAUAAUAACGAUAGAAGAAGAAAAAAGGACGAAAUUAAACGACGGUGGGAACGAAGUGAACCGAAGUGUUAAAAAUGCUGUGUCGUUGGCUCGCCCUCCUGAUACUCGCUGCUUUUCUCUUGGUUAUCGAAGGGAUCGCGGUCACUCAAGGCACUUUUGCUCGAGAUCAAAAGCUGGUGGGAGGAAAUGUGUUUGGCAAUCACAAUUUCACCAACGGACCAACGUUCGAAAUGAACGUUCCACGAAAUGUGACCACAGCAGUUGGCCAGACUGCUUUCCUUCAUUGCAGAGUUCAUCAACUGGGUGACAAAGAGGUGUCCUGGAUGCGCAAAAGGGACAUGCACAUCCUGAGCGCGGGCAUCCUGAUGUACACCUCGGAUCUAAGGUUCCAAGUGAUCCAUCCGGACAAGUCUGAGAACUGGACCCUGCAGAUCAAGUCGCCCCAGGAACGGGACUCGGGGGUUUACGAGUGCCAGGUCAGCACCGAGCCCAAGAUGUCGUUGAACUACAGCCUCAACGUGGUCGAGGCACGGGCCAGGAUAAACGGGCAAACGGAUAUUUACGUGAAAACCGGCAGUCUUCUCACUCUCACCUGCCUCAUGUCUCAAGGGCCUCACGACCUUGGCACAGUGGCUUGGUAUCGUGGUAGCCAGCCAGUAGUUACGUCGCCUCAUUCGGAGAACGACGUGAACGGCGAGCCUCGCAUCACCGUCGAAACCGAGUGGAGCGAUGCCCUCACGUCGAGAUUGAGGAUCACCCAUGCAAAGCUAAGCGACUCUGGAAACUACAGUUGCGUGCCCACUGUGGCGGAGAGAGCCAGCGUCAACGUGCAUGUUAUUAAUGGAGAGCAUCCAGCUGCAAUGCAGCACGGGAACACGGCAGCAGGCUCGCCAACAUCGAAGACGGUCCUCGUAAUGCUCGCCUUCUUUUUGGGUCAAUUGAGAUAAUGUGUGUUCUCGUACGUGUGUCCCUCGUGAGUGUGUCUCCAAUCUGUCUGUAUGCGUGUGUACUAUGCGCAUGUACUCUCGACUGUGGUACUUGCAUGUGUGCGAGCUUGAGUAUGAUGUGUUGUGCACGUGCGAAUUAAACGCGACCAUGAAUGGAUCUUAAACGCGAGCAUUAAGUGAAUAAAAAAAAGAAAAAAGAAAAAUAAGAAAAACUCGAUGGAUCGUUGGACACAAUAAGACGUAGCCACCCUCCUAAAACCCUGUUUGUACCUUGAUCGAAAUUAAAUUACCGACCGAGCACGCGACCGGAACGAUCAUCGAUGAAGAAGCUCUCUUCUGACCGACAUAAUCGAUCGAUAAUUGGGAAUGGAAGGUUGAUUGGUGAGAUAUUUUUAUCUUUAUUUCGUAUUCGUUAAAUUUGAGAUAAUAAAUUGUAAUUGCUGUUCAUUUAAUACAUUUUAUGAUAUACGACAAAAAAAGUUCGUACGAAAUAUCUUUUAAAUAUUUAUAGAAUUAUUAAUAUUAUUUUAAGGAUUAACGUAUUGCAUACACAAUAUUCACGAUAGCUCUUUCCAAUCUCAAAAUUGCUCAACUUCCCGUCAAAGGCAUAACUGAAUCAUCAAUUUCACUAACUACAUUCACUUUUCUAUACUCAACUUUUAACCAAAUUCACGACAUUACAAAAAUUAAAAUUUUAUUCGAUAAAUUAAAAGUGAUAUUUCAUCGAAAGAACGUUCUUUCAAUCUUUUCGACUACAUCAAUUCAUCGAAAUGGGGAAAAAAGAUCGAUUCGAUCAAUCGAUACGAAACUUUUCAACGACAUAUACUAUUCAAUGGGCUCGUUUAAAAAAGAAAAGUCAGUUCUCGGUGAAAGGAAGAAACAUCGAUGAAGGAACUCUUAGUAGCUGCCGGUUCGUCGCGUGAAAAUCGCGAUUUUCAGUGAAUCUCAUAGGAGAGAACUCUAUCGAAAACGUCGUAGUAUCCCAGGUUCGAUAUGUUUAAUAACUUGCAAAUUACCACUGCGUUCUAGUGUCGUCAAAGUAAGGAAAAAAAAAAUGAAGUAUCGAAGUAAACAAUUGUACAUGACGUAUGAUGUUGUAAAUGACGAUUCAAUAAUGAACGAGAAAAAAAAAAUAAAUGAAAAUGUAAGAGCGUGAGACGUGUGCUCGAAUAAAUUCGAUGUGUAAGUUUACAACUUAGUAGGGACGAUUAUGUAUAUUGUAAUUGUUACAUACGAGAGCGAUCGUUCGUGUAACGAAAGAGUUCGUUCGUUCGUGAUAAAUAAAGUUUUGAUGUCGAUUUUUUAAUAUCUGUGCGAAUUUUAUGCGGUUAUUAUAUCUAUCGAUUUUCGUUCUUGAAAAAUUUUUGAUGGAUUUGAUUACUCGAAGGGAUUGCUUGGAGGAAAAGUUUUAUGGAUAAUAAUUUUUAUUAUUAUUAUAUUAUUUUUUUUAUAUAUAUAAAUUAAUUAUUAAUUACUCGUUUCAAUUAAGUUGAAUAAAGUUGAAUUAAGUCGAAUGAAAACAUAUACUUUUUUUUUUUAUUGAAAUAUUUUAAUACCAGAUACUAUUUAUUUUAUUUUUGGAAAUUCAAAAUAAAAUUCUCUGGACAAAUAAGAAUUCUGGAUCUAUUUUCUGUUUGAGAAAAUCCAUUUACUUUUCCGCUAAACAUCUCAUUUUAUCCUAAAAUUUUUAUCUAGGUUUUUCUACUUGAAAAUUCAUGAAAAUAUGCGACAUAUGUAAGUAUUCAAUUUUUUAAACAUAUUUUAUUCUUACUACUACUGUUUUCUUAUAAAAUAACGAGGGUUAUUUAAACUUUUUAUGUAAAGUAAUAAAUAAAUAUAAGAAAAUAUAUAUAUAUAAAUCAAAUUUGAUUUUUUUAAAUAAUUUUUAAUAAGAAUAUUUUUAAAGAAAUUCGUUAAUUAUAUUAUGUUCGUACAGUACACUUAAUAUAAUAAUAUAAAUAAACUAAAUAAAAUGUAUAUCAAUCUAUACAGAUAAGCAUGUAUUCAAAAUUUUUUAACUCGUUAAUUUUUAAAAAAUCUUGUAGAACAACUUUUUUGAAAACCAUAUUUGCUGUUUUUAUAUUCCUUCAUUUACACCUGUAUCUCUUUAUAAAAUUUUCUAAACUUUUACUUAAUUUUUUUAAUAACUUAUAUAACCUAUAUAGAAUUAUUCACGAAUACAAAUUGUGAACUCUUACUGCCACUACUAUUAAAUUUAUCAAGGAAUGUCACACACACAAUAGAUUUAAUUUCACCAAUCUCGUUUUCUUCCAUUUUUAAAAUAAUUAUACAAGCGUACAUAAAAUAAAAACCAAAAUAAUGUUAUUCCACAAAUCACGCAAAGUAUCCUGAUUAUCUUUCCACGACGAGUACUUCAAAAGUACUAACUUUUCCUCCAUAAAACAAACUUCACGAGAAACGAGAAAGCUUUCUCUUUAAGAUGCUUUCCGUUUCAUAUCGAUAAGACUUUCCGUUUCAGAGAUCCUCGUUCCGAACCGAAGCGUAAUUUCUGCUAUUUUUACCGUUUCAUCCUCCUCUCUUUCGCUUGCUCACGCUUUCUCACUGACCUAUCCCAAGAUCACGACGCGUGCGUUGGUCAUUGACAAACAUCUGUCAAUGUCCUUUCACCACAUCCCCACUACACGUGCACUGGAUUCCAAGAAAAAAAAUAUAGGUCACGUGUAUUUCGACCGUCAUCUAUGUCCUUUGAAGCCUUGUAUUUAGGGAACCAGGUGAGAUAUCGAUUUGAAAUAAAAAUGCAUUUUUAAGAAGAUGAAUGCUUUCUAUUAUCUUCAGAGUGUGCAAAGUUUCAAUAAUGACGUAGUAAUACUAGAAUUAUUUUUUCAUUUGUCUUUAUCAAAAUUAAUCUUGGAAUAAUCUUCAAAAAGAAUUCAAGAAAGAUACGUGUUACAUUUUUAUCACGCGAUAAUUCAUAGCUUUUUCGAAAUAUCAUAAAAUAUCACGAAUAUCACGUUAAAAAUUUAAUCAACCGCGUUUGAUUUUUCACAAUAACGCUCUACAAAUCCAAACGUAUAACUCAACGACGUGAAAACAAGCAAAGAGGGAGAAAGAAUGCCGAUGCCUGGGACACGCGUUUCGUUCCCUUUUGUCCAGCUAUGAAGCUUUCAUCUCCAACAAAGGAAACUCUAGCAUUAUUUCGUAACGCAGGCCAAUAUUGACAAGAGAUUCUCUCUUUCUCUCUCUCCCUCGCGGAGAUGCCUCCAGUCUCCGCGAAAAGAAAUUCUGAUAUUACAACGCUCCACGAUAGUUUUCGCGGGGGUGGAAACUCGUGGAUGCUGCGCCGUAUCGAAUUUUACGCUUCGUUGUGUGUUCCUUGAAUGAGACGUGCAUUAUCCGGUUCUGGAUGCAUGAUGGAGUAAUGCGAAUUCUUGUCGAAAUCCGAGGAAAACUUGAAAGGAACGCGGGAACGAGUUUAACGAUUGCGAGGUACAAUGACGAGAUGAUCGUGUUUUACUCUUUUUUUAUUUUAGAGAGGUAAAAUAUUUUACAAAUUGAGAAAAGGAAUUCGCGAGGACGUGAGAUUGAAGUAAAAAUAAAAUUGAUAAACGAGAUCUUGAUAAAAUGAACGAUGCGACGAAGUGGAGGUUAUAUUCUUGCUCGAUCUCUUUAAGUGGAGACGAUAUAUUUGAAAGUUAUUGAUUUUCCAAGAUAAGAUUAAUUACGACCUUGAACUUGACGAUAACAUCUAAAUGUUUCUUCGAUUUCAGAUAGAUCUAAGAGGGUCUAAAGCUCUCUCGAAUACCUUGAUUCUUAAAUUCUGCCUUCUCUCAUUUUUAAUUAAAUUCCGCAUUAGUGAUUCUAAAUUUUGUAAAUCGGUAGUAUAUACCAAUUCCAUGAAUAUAAAAUUUAAUUUCUUUCCUUAUUUUUCUUUUUUUUUUUAAUUCUACACAUUCGCGAAAAGAUUGAGAGUCACUGAUCUAAAUUAUUCAAAGCUUCCGCGGGAGAAACCGAGAAAUGAGAAAGAAAAUCAGACUCCCCUGUUUCUUGCGAGAGAAAUAAAAAAGGAAAAAGAAAAAAAAAUCCUCGCGCAAAUACCGAAGACUUUUCCGCUUCUUUAUAAUACGGCGAAGAAAAUUAGAGGAGGAGUCGAAGAAGGGAAAGAAGGGGACUGUUUUACAGCGACAUGCAUAUCAACAGCGUGGAUUGUGAAUUUUAUUGCGGAAGCCUUUGGAAACGUCCGACCACGCUCCUUGCAAAACCGCGCCAAGUGUCUUUGUGGUACAAAGAGUUUGUUUGAUUGUUCCCCGGUGAAAUAACUCGAUCUCGAUGUCUGAAUUGUGGAGAGAAAAGAACACUUCGUGAAGAGGGAGGAAAACAAUGCGGGCAUUAAUGCCUCGGUUAAAAUUCAGAAGAUACCUCAAUGUUAGUACGAUUUCUUUAUUUUAUUUCUUAAAUUUAUAUAUAUUUUAUUGAAAAAUAAUAAAAUUAUCGAAUUGGUUGAAUUCAAUUUUAUUGUGAAAAAAAUUGUAAAUUUGUAUAAUUGUUUUUAUGAAUAUUUCAUUAUUUUAGAAUGCUCUAUGUGAUAAAUUUAUGAGGCAGCAAAAAGAAAAAUAAUAUUUGAAUGUGCUUUUAAAUUGUGUGUAAAUUUAUUUUUAAAUUUAUUAAAAUUUAUUUUAUUGAAAUAACAAUGAAAUUUUAUUAUUACUAAAUAUUUUAUAUCGAUUGGAAUAUCGUAUAGAUUUUUAUUUCUUAAAAUACCGAAAAAUUAUAUUUAUCGAUUAAUAAAAUCGUUCGAAACUUUAUUAAUCUUUUUUUGAAAUUAAAAAAUAGUUUCGAUCUAAAUAAAAAAAAAGAUAUGGAAGCCAUAUAAAUAUUUGAAUUGAAUUUUCUAUUUUAUUCGUUUUUGCUUUGAUUCAUUUGUCUUGGUAUUUCGUUUCAACAAAUGAUGAUAAAUAUGACAAUGAUAUAUUCAAGAAAACAAAACAUGAAAUAUAAAGAAAUAAUGUAAUAUUUUAAAUUAUGUCAAUAUAAUAGAAUAAAUUCAAUAAUAUAUAAAAUAAUAUUAAAUAAACAUAAAAAAAAAAAGAAAUCGCCAAAAAUCAAAUUACGAACGAACGAAUUCAUUGUUGAUUGUCAAAAUAGUCUUUUAAUCGUCAAUUAUCAAAGACUAUUUGAUAAUCAUCUAUAUAUGUAUAGAUAUAUAUAUAUAUAUAUAUAUAUAUAUAUAUAUAUAGAUAACAAGAUCGAUUGAAAUGACUCAGACUCAAUCAUAUUAAUCUAAAAAAACGUUUUAUAAUCAUUUUAAUUGUUGUUUUUGUUAUCAUAUCGUUAGAAAUUCUAAUAACUUAUAAUAUAUCUUAAGUAUUCAAUACUAAUCACUCUAUUAUCGAUAUUUUUUACAGUCACUUGAGAAGUUCUAACGAUUAAUCAACAGCAAACAAUUUAACAAAGAAAUAAUUUAAAAUGAAAAAAGAAAAAGAAAACUCUUUCAAAUGUUUAAGUUCCACAAAGAAACCAUAAGUGCGUAAUUGCAUAGUGAAUGUAUGAUGAUACAAAUAUUAAUUAUGAAGUGUCGGGUAUCCAAAAAAGUUCUGUUAUUCUUUUCUCGAUGGAAAAACAAUGGUUUUUUCUAAUAAAAAUUAUAAAAUCUUUACAAUCUUUUUAUUUCUUAUUUGUUAUAGAUAUAAAUAUAUUCUCAAUUUAUGGAUUUUUAUUGAUAUAUUUAUAUUUAAUGACUUUUUAAAAAAAAAAAUGUUUCCUUUUUAAAAAUUUAUACGAAUUAAUAAUUGUGUUAACAAAAAUGAUGAUAAUUAUAUUAAUGAUCAAAUCUUUUUCCUUCACAAUUUUCCUUGCACUCUUUCUUCUCUUUCACAAAAGAACAACAGAACUUUCUCAAUUACCUAGGAAUGAUCUCGACGGUAAAUAAAGUUUUUGUAACAUGAAAUUUUUGUCGAAGAAUGGGAGGAAAUAAAUAUGAAUAUAAUAAUAUACGGUAUAUAAAACACGUAUAACAUAGACACGCAAGUUUGUACAGAGAGAAUGCGACGUGGCGAUGGAAAAAUUUCUUUGGAUUCGAGCGAUAAAUUAAAAUAAACGCAGAGCCGAGCUCUCUGAGAGCUUAAAGAGUCGUAAAAGGGGAUGAACGAAUCUUUCUCGUACCAAUUAUUCUUUUCUAUUCGUUUGUUCAUUUCCACGUCGAAUCCAGAAGGAUUUUCGAUAUCCUCGGCUGCGUCGUUUUCAAACGACCCUCGACGAUCUCGUUCGUUCGAUCGACGUGAGUGGUGUUCGUUUAAUAAUUACUGAUCGAAUGGAGAACGAGUAUCUUGGUCGAAUAAGAAAUUUUGUAUGAGGAAAUAUUGUAUUAUUGUAAUAUUGUGAUUUCUGGUGAACGAAAAUCGAAAUGAUUAAUUUAGACAAAGUUUCAAAUUCGAAUAAAUGAAUUUUAUUUUCAACAUCGCGAUAUAAUUUUAAUUAUAUUUUAAUUAAAGAUAUAUUUCUCUAAAAGAGAAACAUUUCUUCAAUUUAUUUUCUUACAAAUUUAUAAAUAUAUUGAAUAUUUAUAAAUACUUUUAAAGUUUUGCACAUUUUUCUCGAAUUAAAAUCAAAAUCUCUCCAUUUGUACUCAUUUCUGUGAGUGAUUAUGUAUCUAAUAGAAAUUAAAAGAUAAUAGUCUCAAACUUUCAGAACGAUUUUCGUCCACCCAAAUAUAAACUUUUGAUUCACAUGAUCUCUGAUCCAAUUAAUUUCGAUCAAUCAUCAUGUGAUUAUUGAAUACAAAAAUAAACCAUAGAAUGUAUGAAAAAAAGAGAGAGAAAGAGAAAGAAUAAAAUGAGUUAACAAGAAACAUAUUAAAACUCCAAAACAGUGGAGAAACCAAAGGAAAGAUCAGACGUCGUUAUAGAGGAACGACGUCCACCGAAUUAUUCACUCAUCCCAUCUCUUAACAAAAUACUUUCUACUAUGAAAUAAGUGUUAAUAUAAACGAAGAAAAAGUGAAAAAAAAAAAGAAGAAAAUUAUGAUCCCUGGACUGCCACUUUUAAAAACAAAUUUGAAACUCGAACGAGAGGUUUAUAAGUUUUCAAAAUGGCUGCUGGAAUUUUAUACCGUGUGGAAAAUAUUGUCUUCGUGAUUUUAACAAUUUUUAGGUUAGAUUUUUAAUGAUUCUUCAAAGCGUUGAAAUCUUAAACGCAGAGAUCGUUAUUACACAUCGUUUAUAUUCGAAACCAUUGUAACUUUGCAGUUUUCUUUUAUUGAGAGUUUUUUAUUAGUUUUGUUGAACCUUUUGAAAUAGAUAGUUGUAUGGAAUAUUGUUGACCGAGUUUCGUAACUGGAAAUGAAUUUUUUUUUUUUUCUUUCUUUUAUCGACAUAAAGUAUAAUAAAAGAUAUGUAUCGUUUACAAGUGUGAGAUCAAAUUCCGAUAAAAAUACAAAGAUUUACGAAUAUAUUUUCAAGUUGAUGUUUAAUUAAAUAUGUAUGUUAAAUACAUAAGAUAGAUUAAGUUAUUUUGUUAAUUUUAAUAUAUUAAUUUAUAUUUUCAUUUAUUCGUAAAUCUAAUCUUUUAUGAAUUAAUAUGAUUAUUUAUAAAUCUUUUGUGUGAAUGUAAAACUUGAGAAUAAAAUAAAAAAAAAAUAAAAAAAGUUGAAAGAAGAAAUAAAUAAAUUAUUAAACAAAAUAUAA